AUAAUUCUGCCUCUGUUUGUUUAGAUCGUUAGACAUUGUGGUCUCCUUUUUCCUUACAACAACCUACAUUUUUUUGAUCCGAUCUAAAUUCGAAUUUGAAUUUUUAAAUUUUCCCAAGGUUGUGAUUCUAUGCUGGAAGUUCCACGGAUCUGAUCCUGAACGUUUCACAAAUUGAGAUGGGCAUUAUUAUAUUGUGUUUUCACUUGUCUGAGAAGAAUUUUACAGUUUUGGCGUUAAGUUAUUGCUGAGAAUCUUUAUGUUUUGAACAAGUUUGAUAAACUUUAGUAUAGAUCGACGUACGAGGGUUGAAUACUUGCUAGAGAUGGAUCUAUCUUCUAUCAGCGAAGAAUUAGCCGAGAUCGAUGGACAAAUCACCGACCUUUUCCGUUCUUUAUCGAAUGGUUUCCAGAAAUUGGAGAAGGUCAAGGAUGUGAGUAGGCAGAGUAGGCAAUUGGAGGAACUUACAGAGAAGAUGCGUGAAUGUAAAAGGCUUAUCAAGGAGUUUGAUAGAGAAGUUAAGGAAAUGGAGAAUAGAAAUGAUCCAAACACCAACAAGAUGUUGAAUGAGAAAAAACAGUCCAUGGUGAAAGAGUUGAAUUCAUAUGUGGCUCUUAAGAAGCAACAUCAGGCCAAUCUUGAAAACAACAAACGAGUUGAUCUCUUUGAUGGGCCUAAUGAAGGGUUUGGUGAAGAGAAUGUCUUGCUAGCUUCAUCUAUGACAAAUCAACAGCUUAUAGAUCAUGGAAACCAGAUGAUGGACGAGACUGAUGAAGUUAUUGAGAGGUCAAAAAAGGUUGUUCAUGACACUAUCAAUGUUGGAACAGAGACAGCUGCAGCUCUGAAGGCUCAGACUGAACAAAUGAGUAGGAUUGUUAAUGAACUAGACUCCAUCCAUUUCUCAGUCAGGAAGGCUUCUAAACUCGUCAAGGAAAUUGGUAGGCAGGUUGCUACUGACAAGUGCAUAAUGGCAUUGCUGUUCCUUAUAGUUAUUGGAGUCAUAGUCAUUAUCAUUGUGAAGCUUGUGCACCCAAACAACAAGGACAUCAGGGAUAUUCCAGGAUUAGCUCCACCUGCCAUGAGUCGAAGAUUACUUUGGAAUCCUAGUUAAAGGGUUAGAUAUCAACUUCUCAUGGCAUUGCUGGGGUGAUCUGAAACUUGAUUGGAACCAUUUUUAGAGUAUCUUGGGGUGCUCAACAUUGCAGAUGAAUAGGAAUGGGUUUGUUGAUAGGCUUGCUGUAGAGAGAGAUGCAGGCUUUCCCCGUUUGCUUGCUCAGUGCUCACUCCCUGAAUUGUAAAACCUCCUCCCCUUUUGAAGAAUUGAGGGAACCCAUAAUUGUGCAUUUAAGAUUUUAUUGGCUCAUAUAUACAAUCAUGUGUAUCACUUGAUAAAUGAUUUUUAUUUGUGAAAAUUUGUUAUUAUUUGUAUAAUAACAGUUGUAGCAUCAUGUUCACUCCA